GGUUCCCUAGGCCGGAGGCGGGGCUGAGGCUAAUGGCGGCGUCUGCCAAAUUGGCGGGAGGGGGCGUUGAGGAGAACGCGGCAGAAGAGGAACCACGGGUUCUGGAACCCGGGGCCGCUCCGUUCGGAAAUUUCCCUCAUUAUUCCCGCUUCCACCCUCCAGAGCAAAGGCUUCGCCUCCUGCCCCCGGAGCUGCUUCGAAGGCUCUUCCCUCUCGAGCGUUCCGAGGCAAGGCCGAUCCUGGGGCUCGACGUGGGGUGUAACUCCGGGGAUCUGAGUGUGGCUCUAUACAAACACUUCCUUUCCUCACAUGAUGGGGAGAACUGCUCAGAUGCCUCCGGAGAACUCCGUCUCCUAUGCUGUGACAUAGAUCCAGUCCUGGUGGAGCGAGCCAAAAAAGAAUGUCCUUUUCCCGAUGCCUUGACUUUUAUCACCCUGGACUUCAUGAAUCAAAGGACCCGGAAGGUUCUCUUGAGCUCUUUCUUGAGUCAAUUUGGACGUUCAAUUUUUGACAUUGGCUUCUGCAUGUCAAUAACCAUGUGGAUUCAUCUGAACCAUGGGGACCAUGGUCUGUGGGAGUUCCUCGCCCAUCUUUCCUCCCUCUGCCGCUACCUCCUCGUGGAACCACAGCCCUGGAAGUGUUACCGAGCAGCUGCAAGGCGUCUCCGAAAGCUGGGACUCCAUGACUUUGAUCACUUCCAUUCCCUUGCCAUCCGAGGUGAUAUGGCAAAUCAGAUUGUGCAGAUCUUGACCCAGGACCAUGGCAUGGAAUUAGUAUGCUGCUUUGGCAACACCACUUGGGACCGAAGCCUUCUACUCUUCAGGGCAUCUGAUCCCUGAGUCACUGAUAGAAGAGAAAGAAAGGAACAGAUUAAGAUUCUGGAGGCAGUAAAAUGGAAAGGCAGAAAGAGAUACUGAAGAGAUUUUAAACUGAGUAUUCUGUUCACUGCCCUGGAACAGUGAGACAGCCUCAAAACCUAGCAGAAGAUUUUGGCAAAAUGUCCAAGGCAUGCAACUGAAAGAAACAAUGUCUGUUCCCCAUUAUUUGGGACAAUCCCUGAAGAGAAUGAAUCCAUAGAUCAGUGAGCAAGGGUAUCUGGACAGAGUAUGAUCCUUAGUAGUAGGACGUGGAACAGACUAUUCCUAGGUUUCUGUUUGUGGUACCGGUGAUUAAACCCAGGGCCUGUGCAUGGUAGACAAAUGCUGUAGCACUGAUAUACAUCCCUAACCCUUAAAGGUCAUUAAAAAUUAGACCAGGCUAAGCCAAUCAUGAUUGCUGGCACAAGCAUGUAAUCUCAAUGACUCCAGAGACAGACAGGAGGGUUCCAAGUUCAAGGCCAGCCUCAGCAAGUUAGCGAGAACCUGUCUCAAAAAAAUAAAAAGGGGUCUGGGGAUAUAGCUCAGUUGGUAGAGUGCUUGCCUUGCAAGCACAA